AUGGGCAGCAAGGAAGAUGUGGGGAAGGGAUGUCCGGCGGCCGGCGGCGUCUCCAGCUUCACCAUCCAGUCCAUCCUGGGCGGGGGCCCUUCCGAGGCACCGCGGGAGUCAGCCGGGUGGCCAGCCAGGAAACGCAGCCUGUCUGUGUCCUCGGAGGAGGAGGAGCUGGACGAAGGCUGGAAAGCGCCGGCUUGCUUCUGCCCAGAUCCGCACGGCCCCAAGGAGCCAAGCCCUAAGCACCAUCCCCCCAUCCCUUUCCCUUGCUUGGGUACCCCCAAGGGCAGCGGAAGUGCAGGGCCUGCGGGUUCCGAGCGCGCGCCUUUCCUUUCUCCUUCUCACUCGGACUUUAAGGAAGAGAAAGAGAGGCUCUUGCCGGCGAGCUCGCCCUCUCCGGGCCCGGAACGGCCGCGGGACGGCGGUGCGGAGCGACAGGCCGGAGCGGCCAAGAAGAAGACGCGCACCGUCUUCUCCCGCAGCCAGGUGUACCAGCUCGAGUCCACCUUCGACAUGAAACGCUACCUGAGCAGCUCGGAGCGCGCCUGCCUCGCCUCCAGCCUGCAGCUCACCGAGACCCAGGUUAAGACUUGGUUCCAGAACCGCCGCAACAAGUGGAAGCGGCAGCUCUCGGCCGAGCUGGAGGCGGCCAACAUGGCACACGCGUCGGCGCAGACUCUCGUGGGCAUGCCGCUGGUGUUUCGGGACAGCUCACUGCUGCGGGUGCCGGUGCCGCGCUCGCUCGCCUUCCCGGCGCCGCUCUACUACCCCAGCAGCAACCUCUCGGCCUUACCGCUCUACAACCUGUACAACAAGCUUGACUACUGA